AUGGGGUACAGGGGCUCCUCCGAAGACUCCGACAGCAGCAACAGCGGAGAUCGAGAGCCACAAAGAGAAGAAGGUGGGGAAGGGGAAAGCGACGGCAGCGACGAAGGCGAAGGCGGCGAGAACAGGAGCAGUAACAGCAGCAGCCUAAUCAGCAGUGGCAAUAGCGACGAGCGCGUUGACGACAUCGACGACGUCGAGAGCGGUAGCGGUAGCGGUAGCGGUAGCGGCAGCGGGGAAGGAGCUGGAUUUGUCGCCGGCCAACAAUCUGCCGAAGAGGGAGGGGAGGGAGACGAUGGGUUUUCUCAGGAGGCGUCAGGGGAUGAUGUCGAAGCAUCCCCAGGGGACGAUGGCGAAGCGUCCCUAGGGGAUGAUGGCGAAGCGUCCCCAGGGGAUGAUGGCGAAGCAUCCCCGGGGGAAGAACGCGGGUCGUCGUCCGCGGACGGAAUGGACCUCGAGGAGGAAGAGGAUAUCGAUAAGGGGGCCGUGGAGGGAGAGGGCGCGGACGAGGGUAUGGACGUCGACGAAGAGGAAGAGGGAAAGGGUGACGAUGUAGAAUCGGAGGAGAGCGGGGCGCAGGGGGGGGGCGCAGGGGGGGGGCUUGAUCAAGAGGUGCUCGAGGAGAUUAUCCAGAAGAUGAAGGCUGGUCACAAGGGGCAGAACCUUUACAAGGGACUUGGACACGUAAGGUACUGCACCGCUGCCAAGCUGGCUGUCCGUCGUGACGCGGUCCCCCGCGCCCCCGUCGUCGCCCCCGCCGCCCGCGGGAGGCCACGCGGCAGCGGCGGCGGCGGCGGCGGUCGUGGCAAUGGUGGCGGGUCGAGCUGGUCGCCGCUGUCAGAAGAGAUAGGGGAAGGGACAGCCGGCGGCAGCUCGCGGCCGGCCCGUGCGUCUACGAUGCAGAGCAGGGUGGGCGGAGACAGCGGAGGCGUGGGUGGCAGCAGCAACAGCGGCAGCGGCGGUAGCGGCGGUAGCGGCAGCGCCAAGAGGGGCCGUCGGCCGGUCAAACAGGAGGAGGGGGUGACGCAGGAUCAUGAUGGGGAUGGCUUGGGGGGGGGAGCAGCAGAGGAAGGGGCCGGUAGGGGGCCAGCCGCCAAGAAGAGCGCGGCGGGCAAGGAGAGAGUCGCCUACCGCCAGCGCCGCGCGGCGGGAACGACAGUCUUCACCUCGCGCACCGCAGUCUCCUUGGCGGGCAGCGGAGGCGCCAGCAGCGGCAGCAGCGGGCGGGGGGGCUCGUCCUUUCUCCCCGUCUCUUCUCCCGGGGGCUCGGCCCCCGCUCCGGCAGGAGGGGCGGCGGCGGCGGCGGCGGCGGCGGCGACGGCAACGGGGUUCCCGCAGCAGCAGGAGCAGCAGCAGCAGAUCCCGCCACCCCCGAAGGCUGCGACCAGCCGGCUCGCGAUAACGGUUUCCGGAGGCAGCUGCAGCGGCAGCGGGCGCUCCGCGAUUUCCCUCACCGACAAAACCGGCCGGGAUGCUGCUGCCGCCGCCCCCGUUGCCACCCCCUCCCCCGCGGGAGAAGGGGAGGAACAGGAGGGCGGCGGCGAGGCGGAGGGGGACUCCGGGGGCCUGCUGCGGCCGUCGAUCGUGCUGGCCAAGAACCCAAACCGCGGGGGAAACCUUUGGCCGGCCAGGCUCUGCGACAGGGAUGAGGUGGAGGAGAGCUUCGCGCACUCGGACUUGAACGCGGAGGCGCAGGCACACCGUGCGCUUCGCGCCCUGCUGGUGUUCCUAUGCGAGGGGGGACAUCACUACUUCGCCUGGGUAUCGGAGUCGGACAUUUUCCCGAUGCCGUCUGGGGAUGAAGGUCUAGGGGCGGAGGCGGGGGAAUGGCUCAUUGAUUUCUCCGCGGGAGUUAUGUGGGCUCGUCAGCUGUCCGCCCUUCAAGCUGCCGAAGAAAACAAGAAGUUGACCGCCGCGUCCACCACGCCCGGCGGCCGAGGUCCGUCGUCGUCCCCCUCCCCCGCCGCCCCCGCCGCCGGAGGCCGCGGACACGGGGGCCCCGUGUCUGCGGGAAGGGGUGGUGGUAGCAGGUGGCCAACAGAACCGCCAGACGCGGAAGAUGUCGACGUCGCCGCCGGGGUCCCCUCCCCCUCCCCCUCCCCCUCCCCCAGGGCGAGGACCGGCGGGGCCCCCAAGCGGGGCAAUCGGUGGACUAGGAGGGCGACGAGGCCUUGGUCCCCCGCGGCGAGCGCGAGGGCGGGGUGGUACCCGGGUGCGCGCGGACGGGAUGGGGGGCGCGCGGGGUCUGGUGCCGAUUCGGCUAGCCCGAGGAGCCGUUGCCACCCCCUCAACCGUACGGCCCAUUCUUUCUUCACGGACGAACUCGAGUGUCCGUGGCGGUGCAAGGGGUGCAGCCAGUACACGAGGAGCUGCAACUGUUCCAAGGGCAUCGCAGAGUACAUCCGGAGGCAGGGAGAGAGGGUCACAACGAGGUUCGAAAGCUUCGCCUGCCGCAACAGCCACUGCAUCUACUGCAAGCCCCCCGGGCUGCCGCUCUACAUGGCGGAGUGGGCCGUGUCUUCGGCGAGGUUCAAGCUGAAGGGCGGGCAGCCGCCGCCUACCCUAGGUCGAAUCCAGAAGCAAGCGGUCCCGCCCCGGUGGGAAAGGGAGGCCAUCCCGGACGGCCGUGCUAGCGCCUCCAGCGGGGUUUCCUCACGCGACGAGGAGGCCCUGAGCUUCAGCGGUGGUGGUCGGAGCGGCUGCGCGAACGGCACUCCCCGGGUACGAUCGACGGAGGGGGCUGUGGAAGGUUUCCACAGACGGCUUGGCGCCAACGAGCGCUGCAACCAGUGCACGGGAUGCCUGCUGCCCAACUGCGGAAAGUGCUGGGGCUGCCAACACCGAGUGGAGUAUGGGGGGUCCGGCCAGCGUAACCAGCCCUGCGUGGACCGCUGGUGCCGCACCAAGGCUGCCCAGCGAGAGUCGGACAAGUUAGAUAAGGCGGCCCGGAGAAAGAGAGCCAUGGCGGUUGGUGGCAGUGGGGUGGGCACGAAGCGCCCGCUUGAGUCGAGCGGCGAGGACUACGAGGGUGACUAUGGCGGGGGCGACGUGUAUGCCGACAAACGCUUCCGCCGCCGCACGACCAAGGGCACGGCGGCGGCGGCGGCGGGGCGGACCUCUCCGACCCCGACGGGGCCGGCCGUGUCCGGCGGGGACUACAGCGGGCUUUCCUACGUUUUCGCGGGGGAGGGCGACGGCGACGGGGGCGGGGGUCUGCCGCGGCCGAACCACGAGGCUGCGCACGUGUCGGCAGAGUCCGCGGGCAUCGUUCUCUCUGCCGUAGGAGGCGGUGUCGGCGGCGCCAGCAGCAGCAGUAGCAGCAGCAGCAGAGCUCGACCUUCCAGCCGAUCACGCCGGUCCGGCCUUAAAAACCUCCUCGGCAAGGGUUACCGCUGCCUUGCCUUGCUAGAAGAGCUGGGCGCCCGGCCGCUGCUGAGCGCCGCGGGGGAGGUUUUGCAGGAGGGGCGGGGCGGGGGAGGGGGGUUGGUUUGGUGCAAGGAGAGCGGGAGGCUGGCGCUGAAGAAGGAUGUAAGGAAACGGCUAGCGGCAGUGGAUCCGUUUCAUGAGGUACCCGAGAUCGAGAUGACCACCUCCCUGGAGCCGCUGGCGAAGGUCACCCCCCUCGCCGAAAUCGACGGAAUCUCCGGUGCCCCCCCGAACCCCUUCGCCGCCGCCGCUGCCGCCGCGGCGGCGGGAGGCAAGACUACCCCCCCUCCUACCGCCGCUCCGCCCGUCGUAGCAGACGAGAUAACCGCCACCGUGCCUGUCGCCGAUGGCGGAGCCGAAGCCGCUGUUGCUGAGGAGGCGGUGGCGGAGAGUGGGGCGGGGGGUGCGUCGUUGGCAGCUGCUGGUACCGCCGCUGCCACUGUGACCGCCGGGGCUGCUGGGGACAAGGGUGGCGCUGGCGGAGGGGAGGCCGCAGAAGGCGGCGGUGGCAAGACGAAUCGAGAGACAAGUGUUGGCGCUGCUAGUGCCUCUGGUCCCGGAUCCGGUUCCGGUUCUGGGUCCGCUAUGUCUGCCUCUGGUUGCGGUGUCGGUGUCGGUGGCAAGAGGAAUCGAGAGACAAUUAUUAGUUCUGCCACUGCCGCUGUUUCUACUUCUGCUUCUGCUAGGUCGCCCAAGGCGGUGGCGGAAGGCAAGAAGGGCAGCGGCGAGAUUGACAAGGGCGCAGCCGACGGAAAGGACGGGAACGACGGAAAGGACGGAAAGGACGGAAAGGACGGAAAGGACGGAAAGGACGGAAAGGACGGGAAGGACGCUGGCAAGAGUGGCGGGGGUCCUGCUAGCGCUGCGGCUGCUGCUGUCAGGAGUCCUGACUCGAAGUACCUGGGCGUGCGGAAGCAAGGGUCCCGUUGGGUGGCCUACAUCAUUCGUCCUUCGGUGGGAGGCGAGACCAACCUAGGGGUAUUCGACGAGGAGGUGGACGCCGCUAAGCAGUACGACAAGUACGCCAACAUGUGGCUGAAAACGCCCGAGGUCAACUUCCCGCGAGGGAGGUCCGCCUCCCGUUUCCGGGGGGGAGACAACACCACCACCAGUACCAGUACCAGUACCAGCCGCGGCGCCCCCCCGAAACUCAGUCCUCUUGUCACCGGAGGAGGGGGGACCGUCGACGACGCCAUGGACGUGGAGGAGGCAGCCGCAGCGGCCGCGGGGGAGGAGGGUACGCCAGGCCCGCCUGCGGCCGCCCCACCGUCGACGGAGACAACCGGAGGUUCGGGCAAAGAAUCUCCCGCUCGAACGACGGCGGCGGCCGGCGGCGGUGUCCGGCAAGAGGGGGAAGAGGGGGGCGGGAUGGACGUCGAGGAGGGGNGGCGGCGGCGGCGGCGGCGGCGGCGGCGACGCCUCCCGCCGCGACGCCCUCUCCCUCCGCCGCCUCCUUACCACUCGGCGACCGCGCCCGCCCAGCGUUGGUCUCUGCUGCCUCGGUCGGCAACGCGGCGUCCGCAAGGGGCGCAUGCCGGAGGCGUUUCGCUGCUGGAUGCAGUAAUUGUAGUCGGCGGCGGCGGCGGCGGGGUCCCCGCCUCUCCGCCGCUGGCACCAUCCGGAUCGGGAUCCAGGAGGCGUUCUUCUUCUCCUUCCGCCGCCGCCGCCGCCGCCGCCGCCGGGAGCAACGCGCACCCCGCCCAACAUCACCCGAAGACUGAAGGCGGUGCGGACGACCGGCAGGAGGAGAGCGGUGGCGGGGUCGGGCUCGCCAACAGCGACGGCGCACCGGCGGCGGCGGUGGGCGUAUCGCUGACGCCGGCCGUUUCUCGAGACCUGCGCCGGGGAUACCUCGCCCAGACCCUUGCCAGAAUCGUGGGCGUAGCCGGAUUCGUUCGAGAAGCGAGAAGAGCGGGGUACGGCGGGGACAGGACUGCCCCUGGCGUUAGCGGUAGCGCUAGUAGCGCUACCACUACCAGCCCGCCCACAGGGAGAAGUUUUCCGCAGCAGUCCGGCGGCGUUGCUGGGGUCGGGGGCGGUGGUCAGCAGCAGCCGGCGGGGGAGGAGGGUGUCGGGUGGGGCGGUGCCCAGGAGCAGGCGACGGCCGCGGUGGAGGCGCUGGGCGGCCUUGACAGAGGGGUGGAGGAGCUUUUGGAUGAGGUGAGGUGGGAGUGA